AGGAAGUGCUAGUGCUGAUAAUACACCGCUGACGGACCGCUAAAUUGUUGAGGUUCAUUUUCUGUUUCAUUGAACGUGACAUCGUUCUGCAUGGAUACGCGCGAUCGUUACCGCUAUGCAGUGUCGUCCGUGUAAUGACUGUCAGUGAAAUCUGAAAGUGGCACUCGUGACAUAAUGUCACCGAAAGAUUCGGCCGAGGAGAGUUUCAGAAUACAUAUUUCUACCUUGCACGAAAAGCAGUGACCCACCUCGAAAAAAUUCCGUUUAGCUGCUCUAAUUCGUUGAACAAUGGAGAACCACACCACGCAGGAUAACACGAUCAACAUGAACGGAAGUGAGGACCUACAGGAGAAAGUAACUAAACUGGAAUCAGAGAACGUGAAGAUGCGAGAGGAAUUUAACAUUCAGAGAGCCAAGUUGAAGGAGUUGUACCUUCAAAAAGAAGAAGAAUUGAACAGAAGAUUGCAGGAUAACACGUGUCUGCAAGAAGAAAACACAAGACUGAAAAACGAAUUGGACGAAGCCAAAAGUCAGCUGGUUGUUGCCGAUCUUAAAAUUCAGAAUGAUAUUCUUAUAGAGAAAAGAAAAGCUCAAGAGGAGAUAGCUUCUUUGCAACGGGUUAUACACGAAACGGUGGAGGAAUCUUCGUGUUCGCGCAAACGAUUAGACGCCGAUAUUUCAACGUUAAAGACAACUCUUUCCAAGUUGCAAGAAGAAAACGCGUUAUUAAAGUCACAGCUACCUCGCGACCCUCCCAUAGAUAGCCCUCAGAUAUCGCUGUCCACAGUAACGAAAACGAUAGCUCGAAAAGUAGUUAAGCAAAUAGGUGCAGAUGCUUUGUCUUUAGGUCCUGACAAUCUCGAAGAAAGUAUGAGGAAGGUAAAAAGAUAUGCACAGGAGGAUGCGGAAGUAUUGCGUUCGUUGGUAGUGCCGCUCGAAGAAGAAAUUAAAGCCUUAAAAGAGAAAUUGAGAGCCACGGACGACGAGUUGCAAAAGUGUAAAGAAGCACAGUCACAGAGAAGGCAACGAGAAUCCGGUUCCUUCGAACCAGCGUGUGACAUGUGCGCGAAUUACGAAGCACAAUUAGUUAAGAUGCAAGCGAACGCUAAAGAUAUGGAGAAACAACUGCUAGAUUCGGAACGUAUGUUGCAAGCGCAAAAAGAUGAACUAACCAAGGAGGUGGAGUUUCGUAAAGAAAUGGAAGAGAAAUGGAACGAAAAGAAAGAGGAGCAUAAAAUCAAAGUAGCGGAGCUCACUGCCACCUCGCAAACGAUGCAACAGACUCUGACAGAUCUGAAAAAAACGUUUGAACACGUUCAGAGAAACAUCAGAGACGAACUCGUCAAACUGACGCGUGGCCGGGAAGAAGUACAAAGACACCUUGUCGCACUGCAAAAGGAAAAUGAGAACCUCGUUGGCAAGCAUAGCAAGCAUUCCCAGCAAUUGCAGAGUGAGAGCAUCAAUAUGCCGAAUAAUGUCGAGGAGUUGCACGUUAGUCUUUUAAAAAUGCGCGAGGAUUUGAUCACCGCUAAAGUUGCUCAAGAAGUUGCACAAGAGAAGGAGGAAACGUUACGGUACGAAGUGACCUUGCUCCAGGAACAAAUGGAACAGGAAAGCACAGUGAAGGAACAAGAAGUAUUGGCAUUGAAAAAUGAAAUUAGCGGGUUAAGAACACAAUUAGAUAAAUACGUGAGGGAUCAUCGAUCGCUCGCCGAAAGAGAGGAAAAACUCGAACGUUUAGAAAAACAAUUGGACAUAGUUUUGAAAGAAAAUAGAGAAGCUGAAUUAAAAGUAGCCGAAUUACGGCAAAGAGUUACCAGUCUUCAGCAAGAGCUAGAUACCAGCGAAGCGGUUCAAAAAGACUUCGUUAGAUUGUCGCAAUCGUUACAGGUACAAUUAGAAAGAAUUAGACAAGCCGGUAGCGAAGUAAGAUGGCAACACGAAGAGGAUGUAGAAGAAUGCCCUAGUUGUCAUACUUCUUUCACUGUUACAAAGAAAAAGGUGCAUUGCCGUCAUUGUGGCCAUAUAUUUUGUCAGUCCUGUCUUUCGCACGUCGUGAAAAGUGGACCGAAACAAAGACCAUCCAGAGUCUGUGAUGUUUGCCAUACCUUGUUGGUGCAAGAUACCGCACCGUAUUUUAGCCAAGAACCACCACACACACCUGAUUAAAUAUUCUAACGCAAAAUCAGUCCAGCAAGAUGUGCAAUAUCAAUUUGAAAGAUUUAGAGAUGCUGCUAGUGUGGGAGGGGGCUAGAUAAAAUUCCUAUUACCUGACAACUCGAGUGAUAAGAUAAAUAUCGUGUAAAUACGAAUUAUGUACUACUUAAUGUUUAUUGUAAUUUAAAAGAUUAAAGCUUUUGAAUGUAUGUGAGUUA